AUGGACCUGAGGUCUCUUGCGCGCAGAGUGGCUCAGGGCCGCUCGGUAGGAGCUUUGGGGAAUAAAUGGAGUGUGACAUACAGCCAGACAAAUCUCUGUGCUUUAAAAGGAUCUACAGUGUUUAUGAACGGCUCGUACACACACCCAACACAUCUUAAUGUGACUAAGACAUUUUGGUUAAUUAACCCAUUUGAUGGUAAAGACACUGGUCUGUGCAAUGAACCAGGUUACUCAGGCAGAGUGGAGUAUUUAGGAGAUGAAGAGAAACACUUCUCCCUCAGACUGAGUGACGUGAAGAAAUCAGAUCAAAAUGAAUACUACUUCAGAAUCAGAACGAAUGAAGAAAAAUGGUUUGGUAAACCUGGAAUCAGACUCAUUGUUACAGAUCUUCAGGUGAUCGCUCCUGCAGAAGUGAAAGAGGGACAAUCAGCUGUUCUGACCUGUGAAACCACUUGCAGUCUGACUGAUCCAACAUUCAUCUGGUACAAAAACAGCCAUGAUUUAAUCACAAACACCAUCAAGAGCAAUGAAGUCCACCUGCAGUCGGUCAGCAGUGAGGAUGCAGGCAGUUAUAGCUGUGCUGUAAGAGGAUAUGAACAUCUCCCCUCUCCUACUCAAAUCCUCAGGAUCAGAUAUCCUCCAAAGAAUGUCUCAGUGUCCAUCAUUCCUUCUGAUGAAAUAGUAGAGGGCAGUUCAGUGACACUGACCUGCAGCAGUGAUGCUAACCCACCUGUGGAGAUCUACACCUGGUAUAAGGGGAACAUGUUGAUAGGAAAAGGAAAGACCUACACCAUCUUCAAGAUCAGCACUGGAGACGGCACAGAGUACAAGUGCAAGUGUAGUAAUGAAGUCGGGCUUCAGGAGUCCAGCAGUGUAACUCUGAAGCUUCUGUAUCCUCCAAAGAAUGUGUCAGUGUCCAUUGUCCACAUUGAGAUGGUGGAAAGCAGUUCAGUGACUCUGACCUGCAGCAGUGAUGCUAACCCACCUGUGGAGAUCUACACUUGGUUUAAGGUGAAUGAACCCUCAGCUGUAGGAUCUGGACAGAGUUACAGAGCUCUACAGAGUGGACAGUACUACUACGAGGCUCAGAAUAAACACAGCUCUGAGAGAUCAGCUGCAGUGUCUGUCACUUUAAACAGUGUUUCUGUGAUUGUGUAUGUAUCUGUUGGAGUUGGACUCUUUGGGCUUGCAGCUCUUCUCUCUGCGCUCUUCUGGCUGAGAUUGAAGAAACAGAAGAAAAAGGCAGAUGAAGAUGAUUAUCAUACUUUGAGGAACACAAUGAAUUAAAUGAGUGCUGAAACAACUGAUGAAUAUAAAGAGCUCCUCACUGAAAUGGAGAAACUGAAUCGCUUCUUUACACCAGCAACGUCGGCUACUUACAGACAUUUUAAUCAGCUUUAAACAUUUUAUAACAUUGUGUGUUAA